AUGUCGAUAAGUGAUCAAGAUGAUUAUGUCAACGAUGAGCGUGUUGAUUUCUUAGGCGAAGAGUUGUUCACUGCGCUGCAUAGCCCAAAGGAUAGGCUUUAUAUACUCAAGCAGAAUGAGUUGCUGACCAAAUUUAUGAAGUCUGACGACAGAUCUAUCGACUUAUCUACUGGAAACUCCUACCAGAAAUUGAUUUUAAUUAAACUUUCCAUCUACUUUGGCUUGGUUUACUCCACUGAGCCUUCAAAGUUAGGCGUCUUUCUCGUUAAAUCCACUGAUUCUGCAAUCCCGGACAAGUCUUUGACGGAUUUAGUGCCUUCUCCGGAUAAUAAUCAGCAAACAAAAGUUCAGAUUAUGACUAGGGCUACUCCAGGUGUCUCUACUGGUGGUAGUACCGGUCCUAGCAGCCGCAAUAGCCCUAGCAAUACCCCUACACACUCACUCAAACAAGACAAAGCAGACAAGUCUAAUAUGUCAUUAGAGGAGCGUGAGCAAGCCUAUCUGGAAGCUCGGAGUAGGAUAUUUAUGGACAACACCCCUCCCUCAAAUGACUCGCAAUCUUUUACUCCUCAAAUUGACUCAACUGACGCGGUCGAAGAGGAGCCUUUUGGUCCUGAUGACAUUCCAAGAGACUUAUCCAGGCUUCCCGGCUACUCUAGCUACUCUGGAUUAUCUGGAUAUCACAAUAAAGGGGGCAAUAGCGACUACAACCAGUAUCCCAUCCCAUACAUGGCGCCCAAUGUACAACCCAAUCAAGCACAAUUGCAAGCCCAAGCUCAGGCUCAGGCACAUGCACAUGCACAAUUUCAAGCACAGGCUCAAAUACAGGCUCAAGCACAGGCACAGGCCCAAGCUCAAGCACAAGCACAGGCUGCCAUCGCCGCAUCCACAGCCGCCCUCUCCGCUCAAUCAGCAGCUACAGGCCAGUUCUGGAAUCCUUGGAUGACUCCAAACUCAUUUAUGCCCCCUAAUGGUGCACUACCAAACACCAACAGCAACGACGCGCUAUUAAAUAGUAGUGGAUUUGGCUUCCCAAGUGCUACAUCUACCCCGCAGUACAGAUCGAAUCCACAGAGCUACGCUGGUAAUUUCAGACCUGGCAAUGUUGCCAGUGGCGGUACUGGUGGUCCUGGUAUUGGUGUUCAACAAAGGCCACCGCGUAUGGCUAGACCACCCGGUACGCGUCCACCAUAUUCGCAGCCUCGUCCUGGUCGACCUGCUAUGCCUAAUUUGACCAGCCUGCCUAACAUAGAUGGGUUGUCUAUAGGAGGAGAAGGCGUACCAGCACCAGCAACAACAUUUGCACAAGCUAAUGCACCAGCUUCUGCACCAACUCCUCCGCAGAAAAAUGUUGCCAGCAGCGGUAUAUUCAACCUUGAUCCGCAACUCAUACAGCCGAAACAGCGGAGGAGUGUGAGCGAGUCUGUCGACGAUACGCCCAACAAUUCGACCUCGCAGCAGAACAACACACAGAACACAAGCAGACGAGCAACCCGGCGUCGCAAAGGAACGGCGCAGAGUAACAACAUAUAA